GUCAAUCAGAAAAGAUCCACAACCUGUUCCAUCUCGUUAAAACAUCAAAAUGUUGUCCUCCCAACCAGUAAUAAUUUUUAUUUUACUGCUAACGUUUUUUUCUUCCUCAUUCGCCCAACAACUGACCGCCGUCCGAGUGAACACCGUCCUACCCACGCAGAGAUCCGGCUGCUCAUCCGUGUACGAUGGGGACGACACGAUCUACAUUGUUGGAGGGAGCGACGCCACCUCCCAGUUUGGCAUUAAGGACAUCCUCGCCUAUAAAAUUUCCACCGGCUCGAUCACCCUGGUCGCCACGUUUGCCCCGGAAGUUCUUACGAUCUCCGCGACAACCUCGAUCGAUACGGCCGGAAACAUUUACAUCUACACCGGGAACAUAUUUUACUACGGGAACGUGCACAAAGUCAAUCCUCACAAUGGCGAAAUCGAGUUUAUGGCGGCCCUCCCGUCGUCAGAUUAUUACCAUGCGGCCGUACCACGUGGCGCCACGUAUGACCUGGUUUACUUAAUGGGAUCGUCUUCCAAUACGAAGACGGUCGCGUCGUACUCGAUGGGAUCCACUUCUACCGUUCUGGUGGGUAACAUGUCCGUCGCAUAUAGCCCCAUGACCGCCAUCUCUGGCGGGGACGGAUCCGCGUACAUAUUUGGGAAGGAAGUUGGAGUGACGAAACCGGAGUAUUCCGUGGCACGCGUAACCCUGCCAACUGCAGCCGUCACCCUGGGUCCGGAAACUGUCCCGUACAUGUACGGAAAACCCGCCGCUGUCUGGGACGGGAAGCAUGGGUACGUCAUCGGUGGAUACGGGAACGAUUCGGCGGGUUUUUACACCAACACGAUUGGCCAAUUUGAUCCCGAUACGAUGAGAAUUACGCUACUUCCGGUGACCAACUUUCCCGCAAGUGGAACACAUCUGCUCGAUUUGACUACCGCCGUUUAUGUUUCCAGGUUGAAUAGGAUUUACUUCUUUGGGGGACGAACGUCAUACCAAACUAUCGGAAAUGCUACCAUGCUUAAUGGAAUUUGGUACAUUGAUUUGUCUCCGUUAACCCCAACGACGACGACGCGACCAACCACGACGACCAGACCGACCACAACUACCAGGCCGACGACCACAACUUCGACUACUACGCCGAUACCGCCAUCAAGUACGACGCUUUGUCCGGAAGAGUUGUCCUGUGUUGGGAAGGUGGAUGGAAACUAUCCGCAUCCGUUCGACUGUGCGAAAUACAUUCGUUGUCAGCGUGAAGUCUUGACGGAGAUGAUUUGUCCGGAGGGAUUACACUUCGACCCGGUCAUUGGAGCUUGUAACUUUCCUGAACUGGUGGAUUGUGAUGAGACUUGUGUUUAGAAAUUGGUGGAUGUUCGAGAGAUUGCGAAUUAAGGGUAUUUUCACUUAGCAAACCAAAGAGGAAGUCUUCUGUAGGUAUUUGUGUAUUUGAUAGGUUUAUUUUUCCUAGAAAUUGAUUGUAAAUAUUUGAAUUCAUAAUCUGAGGAUAAUAUUUUCUUGCGACCGCAAAAUUUAUCAAUAGCGCAAAUGAGAAACUUGGCGGUUAUGUGAUAAUUUAGUGUCAAAACCCUUAAUUCCCAAUUAGGGCUACUAUUAAAAAACAUAGAAUAUACUAUUCGUUUUAGACUUUCCAUCUACCCAAAAGAGCUUUGCAUCAAGCAAGUCCGACGUCGAAAAAAGGCGUCCAGGUUCGACGUCCAGAAAUUAUGUUAGCCGAGUCAGCCAAAUUAUCCUAUUAUUUAACACCAGUUUAUUUUAUUUUGGCGUGGAAAUCAUUCAAUUACCCAAAUUCUUGACACGAAUUGAAUAAUUUGAACGCCAAAAUAAAAUAAACUGGUGUUAAAUAAUAGGAUAAUUCGGCUCACUCGGCUAACAUAAUUUUUGGACGUCGUGCCUGGACGCCUUUUUUUGACGUCGGACUUGCUUGAUCCAAAGCUCUUUUGGGUGGAUGGAGAGUCUAAAACGAAUAGUAUCUACGUAUGUACAUACAUACAUAGGUAUAUAGGUAUGAAAAUGACUAAAUAUUCUAAAGGGUGUUGACUUAAUUCGUCCCGAUAUACCAAUAUUUAAGCAUAACUUCCUUACAAGUUAAUAUUUUUCUUUUAAAUUUUUCCAUGCGAAGAAUGAAGAUAAGUCCUAAUCAUGAGAAUCAUACCGUUCGCCAGUAUAACCCAAGUUUUAACCGACUUUGAGUUACAAGUUUUCAAAUAUAUGUAUAGGAAAAUCUGGACGAAUUAACUUAACACAUCGUGUGUUUUGUUCAUGCUAGGGGCGGUCCAUAAAUUACGGAACGAAAAAAUCGCCAUUUUCUAGCCCCCUCCUUUCUUUAACAUGUGCAACAUAGUCACGAUAUCAUUCGACCCUUAUUAGGCGCCCCUCCCCCCUCUCGAUUACGUAACUUAUGGACGGCCCUUCAUUGAUAAGAUACAAUCAACAGAUAUUUGUAUACGCCUGUAGAAAUUGUUUUGUAUCAAAGUAUUUGCACACGAGCCAAAAAAAAUGUUGCUUGUAAUUGACUCGUUAAUUAAAAUUACAUCAUUAUAAAA